AAAUUUCCUAGUCACCAAGUGGUCAUGCGAUGAUAAUUUAUAACUAUAUAUAACUGUACCUUGGGCACUUCACAAUAUCAUCAUCUAGCAAAUAAUUAAUUCUCUUUANAAGAAAAAAAAGAAAAAAAUGGCUGCAGCGGGUAUGCUUGAUCCCCCUUCAAGCUGGCCAAACGGCCGCCCGCCCAUUGGGUUUUGCACCAAAAGCAAGUGGGGCGAUACUUUCUCCUCCUUUGCUUUGGACAAUCAGGUUCAAGAGAAAUAUGCGGAAGCCAUUGCAGAACUCAAAGACGAAGCAAGAGGCAUGCUGAUACAGGCUGCAGAAGGGAAAACAAUCAGCGAGAGGUUACAACUAAUUGACACACUCGAACGUUCGGGAGUCGGAUAUCACUUUGAACAAGAGAUUGAGGAGCAACUUCAAGAUAUCUUGACCAAGUUUGAUUCGGAACAUGAAGACUACGACUUGUUCACUACUGCACUUUGGUUUCUGUCUGUUGAGGCAACAUCGCCGUUAUGUCUCUUCUAGUAAGUUAACUUUAAUCCUCCGAUUCGCAUUUAGUGAGUGCAGAACAAUAAACAACGUGGGGCACUCCGAAUGUGAAAUUUUAUUAUAUAUUCUUCUUACUUGGAUGACGAUUAGGACAAUGAGUAUCGGUACUUUUAUCCAACUAGUAAGAUGCAUCGUGGACUCCAUACUGUUUGUUUAAUUUGAUUAGAAUUAGCUAUUUAAUUUGAUUUGAUUUUAGACAUUGUUUUUAUACAUUGGAAUGAUAUUUUUUUUAACAAAUAUAUAACAUAACACCUUCAAUUUAAAUUAAUUGCCUUUGUGCAAAAUUAUGCCGUUCUAUAUAUGUGGCUUUAUUGGAUUUACAAAAUGAAAUAUCAUUUUGAAUUUUCCCAUGUAGAUUAAAUAGAAAAAUUGCUCCGUUUAAUGAGUUGUUGGGUUACUCCUUCGGGAACAUUAUUUAGGCGACAAAGAGGCUUGCUUUCUAAAUGUACUAGUAUCUGAUCAUGUGCGCUUGCACAUAUUUUUAAAUUUUAUAAGUUAUAUCUAAGUAUAUAAUAUUAAAUUAUAAGUUAGAUAACAAUAUC